ACUGAAAGGCAAAAUGAUUUAGAACUUUACUAAAUCUGAGUUAGGGUGGGCUGAAAAUGUCUUGCAAUAUGUUUUGGAGUAAAAGAGAGAAAGGCAAUGCGAACAAAGAGUCAUUGGAAGGGCUGCUUCCGAAGUCAGAAGAGCUCGACUUUAAAACGGGAACUUUACCAGUGGUGAGCUCGCACUUCUGUACACGCAAUUAUUCACAUGUUUUUACUGUGCAAAAAAUGCGAAAUCGAAGUUGCAGUGGAGGAGAUAUAAUCAUAAAUGACUCCGAUUCAUUCCCAUUUGCCAGAGCAGACGCCCGCCAAUGCCGACUGCAAGAAAAACGACUGCUUCGCAACGCCUCUGGGAAACCCCUCCUCACUCUCAAGCGGAAGCUCCUGAGCAUCAACAAUGAGUGGGAAGUAUAUCGUGGAGAGACGACUGAUCCCGCAAAGUUAUUGUUGAGGGCGAGGGCGUCUUAUUCACUGGAGCGCAAAACUGCAGUGAAAGUUUACAUGGCCUACAAUAACGAUGAUGAACAGUGGAAUUUCAUAGUGAAAGGGGACUAUAUAGAACGGGAGUCUGUUUUCUAUUAUGGAGCCCGGACCAUCGCAGAGCUGAGUCGUAAGCGGGGACCAGACAAUGAAAUGCUGGGAAGAGAUACUUUUCAGAUCACAGUAGAGCCUGGUGUGGACUAUGUGUUUAUCAUGGCGUUGGUAGUAAUUCUGGACGAAGUUAACAGAAAAUUUACAGAGUGAUUCGAACUUUCCUAUAAUGGCAUAUAUUUUAUAAAUGAUUGAUGUGUACUGUGGGGGAAGAUCGAAUAAUCUCAUUUUGUGUGAAAACAUUUUUAUUUCAUGGAUGUCUUGCCAACUUGAUGAUAAGAUUCCAUUUUCCUCAUUGAAAAUCUUGAAUGUUUCUUGCAUCAGUCAUUUUCACGCUUUGGAAAAAAAUUUAUUUUGGAAAAAGAAACCAUAAUUGUCCUCAGA